AUGUCUGUUCCCACGUUGUUGUCGCACUCUUCGUCCGCCGACUCGACUGACUGCAUCUAUCGUCUGGGCUUCGCCGGUCCAGCUCGAAGCCUCGCUGUGCUAUCGGUCAUUGGACCCUCGAUGGCACUGGUUUUCGUCUGCAAUCGAAUAUUCUGGCGACUCAAGGUGCCCGGACGCAUCUGGUACGAUGACUGGGUGAUUCUGUUGGCCAUGGCCUUUCUCCUCGCCCAAUCCGCAGCGGCCCUUGCAGCUGGAAACGCUGGGUACGGUGUCGAAUCAACUGAACUCACAUCUACUGCACUCGAAAGCGCUCUCUAUUAUUUCUGGCAGCUUCAGAUCUACUACAAGCUCACCAUCAACUUAACCAAAGCAUCAAUUAUUUUGCUCUACUAUCGAAUUUUCUCCCCGCGCGUUUUCCGGCAUGUUUGUCUCCUCUUACUCACCAUCAUUCUGGCCUUCAUGACAGCUCUCACGGCGUUCACCAUCUUUCAGUGCUCACCAAUACACAAGAUCUACAAUCGGGACUCUGAGGGGACCUGCCUAUCCGCCUUGACUCUCUGGCGUGUCAAUGCAAUCUACAAUAUCAUUUCAGACAUCAUCAUUAUAAUGGCUCCAUUUCCGGUCAUUCGCUCGCUAGGUCUUCCAACAGCACACUUCAUUGGCAUUGCGCUCAUCCUUUGCUGUGGGCUCUUUGUCAUUCUGACUGCAAUUCUUCGCUACACAACUCUAUCGACUGCAGGCCAUGCCGAUGACCCGACUGCAGGCACGCUUCAUUCGACCGUGUGGACACAAGCUGAGGCGUCGGUCGCAGUAGUCUGUGCAUGCCUCCCAAUGUUACGCGUCCUUCUGCAGCGAUUCUUCCCUUGCCUCCGGAGUGCAACGAGAUCGACGGUCACUUCCGACGAUGGUGCAGAGCUGCGAAGAUAUGAGGAACGCAUUGGCAGCACUGACAGCAAUUUACCCUUGCCACACGUACCACUCCCAGCACCACAUCAGCUGCCGGGAGGAAUACAUACUGCCAAGCUGAGUAGCAGAGGGACUGGUGGGACAAGAGGCUUGAUCAUCUAUCCUCGCUCAGCAGCAGUCCAUUGA